GCGGCACUGAAUUCCAAAGUCAAGAUGCGCUUGGAGUUGUUGGUUGUGUUAUUGGUGGGUCUGGCUGCACUUUCGCCGUCAUGUUCUACAUGCUGUAAUACUGAACCACCCAACUGCAACACCGAACCACCCAACUGCAACACCGAACCACCCAACUGCAAUACCGAACCACCCAACUGCAAUACCGAACCCACAUGCGACACCGAACCACCCACAUGCGACACCGAACCACCCACAUGCGACACCGAACCACCGAAAAGCGACACCGAACCACCCAAAGGCGACACCGAGCCACCCAAAGGCGAUACCAAGCCACCCUGUGAAGAGCAUACUCCUAAAUCGCAUUGUACGAAACGCAUCAAGCGACGGCGCACAAAAAGAACCAAGCGUCGUCGAUCGAAAUCCAGCAAAAAGAUAGUACAUCAUCAUCACCGUCCGGGAACGAAACCAGAAUCGGGAUGUGGCUGUGGACCGAAGAAUGAGUCGGGAGGUGGAGGAAGCGGGUGUAUUUUGAAGGACCUGCUAACACCGAAGUGCCCCAAUUCCGAACCGAAGCCUCAAGCCCCGUGCAAGCCUGUACCCAAGUGUAAGCCCGAACCGAAACCAAAAGCCACACCGAAAACUCCGUGCGAUACACACAAGAAGAACAAGAACCCCAACAAGAAACCACGGAAGACCCAGCCACAAAAAGGUGGUUGCUAAGCAGCAAACUAGUUCCAAAUAUCGUUGAAUAUGAAUAAAAUCGUUACCUUUUUUUUUUUGAAUAUUA